AUGAAGUACAUCCAAUCUUCCGAGCUCUUGGAGCUCCCAGAGGGAGUGUCCGUCCAAAUCAAGUCGAGAAUCAUCACUGUCACCGGUCCAAGAGGUCAGUUGAGCAAGAACUUGAGACACAUCGACGUCACUUUCACCAAGAUCUCCGACAAACAAAUCAAGAUCACUGUCCACAACGGUGACAGAAAGCACGUCGCCACUUUGAGAACCGUCAAGUCCUUGAUUGCCAACCUUGUCAAGGGUGUCACUGUCGGAUUCAAGUACAAGAUGAGAUUCGUGUACGCGCACUUCCCUAUCAACGUUAACGUUGUUAACGAGGACGGCCAAGAAUUCGUCGAGAUCAGAAACUUCUUGGGUGAGAAGAGACUCAGAAAGGUCAAGGUCUGGGAAGGAUGCAAGGCCACUAUCUCCACUGCUCAAAAGGACGAGCUGAUUGUUGAGGGUAACUCUCUGGAGAACGUUUCGCAGACCUGUGCUGACAUUCAGCAGAUCUGCAGAGUCAGAAACAAGGAUAUCAGAAAGUUCUUGGACGGUAUCUACGUUUCUGAGAAGGGCCACAUCAGGCAGCAGCAGAGUAAGCAGUCUGCUGACCCUGCGGCGAAGAAGAGCGUGCGCAAGUUUUUCGAGUCGCGCAGGGAGCAGCUGGAGAAGGUUGACAAGUUCAACAGUGUCACGUUUGUGGGUUCCAUGAACGCCAAAGAGGCUAGUUUCUUCUGCGAUGUUUGUAAUAGAAGAUUCAAAGACGACCUCAAGUUUGUGGAACACCUCAAUUCCAAGGAGCAUUUGGUGAAUUCUGGAAUUUCAAGCGAGGCAGAGCUUCAGCGCGAAGUGACGCUCGACCAGGUGAAGGAGAGACUCAAGCAAUUGAAGGCAAAGAUGGAAAGGACCCGGGAGAAGGCUCCCGAGGUAGAUUUUGCUACUGGGGUGCAACAGAUGAGAGAGAAGUACGAGCAGGAGAAGCAGAAGAGGAAGGCCAAGAAACGGAAGCGUCAUGAGCGCCAGGACCCUGAUGUAGACGGGGAGGACCUUGAAAUCAAGAAAUUGAUGGGGUUUGGCAGUUUCAAAAAGUAG